GCAACCGCGAAUUAUCCACAGUCGUGCGCCGGCAGCCGACGGAGGUGGACGGUGUAGGGCGUAUCGGGACGCUGUGUUGUUGUUCGCAACUAAAAAGGUUAAAUGGUAAUAACCGACCAUGUACAACCUGAAUGUGAACGUGAAUCCUAGUCCGACGGCUGCCGCGGGUCUUCUCGGUGUCGCGGCGGCCGAGGUCACUCCAAGGACACCGGAAAUCGUAAACUCCCUAAUCGCCAUGACCAAUCCCUUCGAGGGUUACACGAACGAGAGAAGCAGGGAUCGUACGGACUCGACUAGCAGCGGUGAGCCGAGCCCACCGAGUGUUCAGCACACCUGUAGUCAGCUCAUUAAAGAAGGGUUGAAGUUGACGUUACAAACGAAGAGGCGAGCUAAUGGAAGCGGAGAUGACACCAAGAAGAGGACGAAGAAGGAAGAUGGCAGCGCGGACGACGAGGAAGAGGACGAAGGGGGAAACAACAACGGCCGCAGUGGACUGACGCCGGAAGACGAGGAGAGGCGUCGGAGGAGACGAGAGAGGAACAAAAUCGCAGCGACAAAGUGUCGUUUAAAGAAACGCGAGAAGACGGUGAUCCUGGUGAAGGAGUCCGAGAUCCUCGAGACGCAGAACCACGACCUUAAGUCGCAGAUCCAGGAGCUGGAGACCCAGAGGCGUAGGCUGGUGGACAUGCUGAGUUUCCACAGGCCGACGUGUCUGAAACAAAGCAACGACACGUCGUAUCAGCAGUAUGCAGAACCGUUGCAGUUGCCGAGUUACCAGGAAAAUUUCGUACAACCUCCGCCAGCGUUAAAUCAACCUCAGAACUGUGUGACGGAUUAUCCGGUGAAGGUGGAGGAGUACGAGGGUGAAUUUUACCGACAGGAGAGCCCGUACGUGCCGACCACGGAUACCGGUUGCACGGUUUAAUAGCUUUAUCUAUUGCAAGGAACGUCUGCCACGCGAUUCUGUGGAGAUACCUUUGAGGAGAUCCGGUUUACCGGAUGGAGAGAAGCUGAAGAUGGUCCUCGGUGAACGAACGGUUGUAUGCAUUCCAAGAAGACACGAGAAAAAUGAUAACAUCUAGGUGACACGCAGAGGAUUUCGUUUUGUGAAAAUGUGAUCCUUUACCUGUUGGCUUCCUUUAUCAUUUCCGGUAAACCGGGCUUCCUGGAUCUCCCUCUUUUUUUAUUAAUCGCAAGUCUUAUAGCUCGUAAGGUCAUUAUUAUAGCGCUCCUGUUCUCUCUUUGUCCUUAUUCUUCUUCUUUCUUUUUUUAACACGAUCCUUUAUACUCGAAACGUUCGUCGUUGAACGCCUGAAGACAUUCCUUGAAAGUAACCCUCUUGAAAAUAAGUAACCAAUUCCUUGAACAUAAGUACUGUGACAUUCUAAGGUAUAAUUAAUGUAAUUGAUAAAUUUAAGGUACUGUGAAUCAUUUUUGCGAUGCUCGGGAUAUUGGGAAUUAUAUUCUUGUAAUUGGUACAAUCAUCGGUCGAUAAUGAAGAGCAUCGCAAAGAUGUUUCGUUUAUUUUAAGCGAGAAUCGGGCGGGUAUUUUGCAAAUUGCAGACUGCGUUAAUGCUGUUAAUUAUUUUUCACACGCGACCGCUUCUCGAUUCACCAGUGAGAAACCAAGUAUAACUCAGCGUAAGUCUUCUGAUAUUGAUCACGAUUAUUUACGUGUAUUGUGACGCGCGAUUAUGAAACCGCGUUCAAAGGAUACUUAUAAUUAUACGAAUAAUCGAACGAUAUUUAAUAUUAUAAAUGUGCAUAUUUUAUACGUAUGUUAUGUAUUUACACGCGCAGACACGCACAUACAGACACACAAGACACGGGUCAUUAACAGUUAAUGAAGACGUUACAAGUACAUGACGAUUAAUGACAAGAAUCUAACGACAUACCUCAAUUUUGUGGGUAGUUACCCUCCCUCGGUGCGUUUGUAAAGAGAGAUUAUUUUCAAAUUGAAUAUUUAUUAUUCUGAUCAUGUAAUUUGAACAAUUUUUAUACAUUUGAUAUGCCAAAGAAUCGCCAGAGCCAUUAGUCGAUCAAUUCAAAUUACAGUUUUAUAUCAAUCAAAAAGAAUUUAGCAAACGCACCUUGGGCUACGCUUAAGCGUUUUUUGCAAUUUAUGGAAGCUAGUUUAAUACUUAGCCAAACGCGAUACAAUUAUAAUAGCGACACGCCUUCAAGUCCAUGGAAUAAAAAAAAAAAAAAAUGCUUUUCUUCAUCUUCGGAAUGUUACCGCCAGUUGAUCUAACGAAGAAGAAGAUUUUUCUUACACUUCCUGUCACACGAAGUGAGACAAAGUCUUCCUCUUAUUCUUCACGAGAUUAAUUAUCGUCUACGAACAUUAAUAGGGAUGUUUUUUAAAAUUCGUAAGACGAAUGUCAACACGUAGCAAUUACACACGUGUGGUGCUAUAUAUAUUAUAUAUAUAUAUUUGCUUUUUAUAUAAAUUUUAUUAAGUUGCCUGAAGAGAGUAUUUAAAUAGUUUAAUACCCAUGUUAAGCGUAUAUAUAUAUAUUAUCGAUGUCUAUUUACUAAUGCAAAGUUCUGAAAGUAUCCAGACAUAUCGAGAGUUUAUAUUUAUAUACGAAUCUUUUUCUAUUGUUGACAUAUUGAGAGAAAACAUCCGAAUGCGGUGAAAUUAUUAAUAAUAUUAUCGACGUACUAAACAAUCUUUAAGUAUUGGAUUUAUCACACGCAGUUAUAUUAAGCAAUCACUGUUUGAUCUUUCUUUAUCUAUGGAUGAUUUGCAGACUGUUUGAAAGUAUUGCAUUUUUUUUAAAUUGCGAUCAUGUUUCGAAAAUCACAUAUUUGUUUAAAAUUAUGAACAAAAUUGUUUCUUUUUUUUUUUAAAUGUAGAGUGUAGUUUGAUAUAAUUACGUUUGCUAUCCAAUAUAUACUGCCAUUAUUAAAAUCCCAGAUACAGUCAUUUAUAGUAUCUGACUUCUAGGUUCAUUAUCUUGUUAGUAAAAUGUAUUAAAAAGUCUUUCUAGAGAAUAAGUGCAAAAUAACUUUAAUAACAGCAAACAGUAUAUAAGAUUUUAUUUGUUGUAACAAAAUCGUACUAUUGUCUUUAAUUACUGAGUACCUGGCCAUGGAUUUCCAUGCGACAGCUAUUUUUCCCUAGGAGAAAUGCAUUGAAUAUUAAAACUAGAGAAAUGGCUGACAAAAUUUUAUCAUUGUAACCUAAGGGAAAAUUUUAUUCUUUAAAUAAAAGUGCCUUCAAUACUAA